GCUCGUAUCCUACAUCAUCAUCCGGGACAUACAAAGGGUCACCCUUAGCCUCCAGACAAGCUAUAGCCUGACCAAGAUGACCCCCUCCCCUCCCCCACCACCGCUAUACACCCCACACCCACCCUCACAAUCCACCCUACACGCAUUCCUCACUCGCCAGCUACACUUGCUCGCAGCGGAAAGACAGGCAGAGAUCGACCAGACGAGCUUGUUGGCGAGUAAUUGUUCGCCGAGGUUGUUGGAAAAGCGGGGGUUGGCUAUAGGAGGUCUUUCGAUAUCGAGCACGUCCAUCGGAUUAGGGGGCAAGACGUUGAUCGAACUCUACCUCCCGCAAGCUCAUCAUAAUUCGACAAUUUUGCCUAGUCAUACGUUUCGGACCGGAGAUCCAGCUCGUCUGGAACCCGCCCCAUCCUCGUCAAGAAAGUCCAGCUCGACAACAUCGAGCGCACGGGAUAAGGAUAAAGAUAAAGACUCGCCAGGCGUAGAAGGCGUCGUCGCGAGGGUGACUAACGAGAAGAUCGUACUCAGCCUGAGCGAGUCGGGGUCGGCGUCCGGCGGGGAGGCUGAAGGGGGGUUGAAGUUGGCCAACAGCGCUACGUUCGAUCGGAUGGAAUCCACCCUGCGCCACUUAGCCCGCCUGAUACUCGCUCCCGAAUUCAUCGCCUACGGCCAACUACCUUCGAGUUCCAACUCUGUUGAGAACGCACCGCUCCUUCAAGUCCUCUUCGGACUGAGACAACCGACCUUGAGACCGAAAGAGGAGACGGAACCAGUGCAAUGGUUCGAUGAGACCUUGAAUGAGAGUCAGAAGAGGGCGGUGGAGUUUGUGCUGGGGAUGGAGGAGGUUGGGUGUAUACAUGGUCCGCCCGGGACGGGCAAGACGUUUACGCUCGUCGAGAUCAUCCGGCAGUUGGUAUUGGUACAGGGUAAACGGGUUUUGGUAUGCGGGGCGUCGAAUCUGGCUGUCGACAAUCUCCUCACCCGCCUCUCUCCCCUCUUCCCACCCAAAACGCUGCUUCGACUAGGACAUCCCGCAAGGAUCUCCCCCUUGCUCCUCCCUCGAACGUUGGAUUACCAAGCCUCGCACUCGGAAGAGGCCGACUUGGUCCGGGAUGUCAAGGGCGAGCUCGAGGGGAACAUGAAGACUCUACAAAAGGGCAAGGGGGAGAAGGGCCGCGUCUGGGGGAAGGAGAGGGGGAAAGUCUGGGAGGAGGUCAGGGAGUUGCGUAAAGAGUAUCGGACGAGAGAAGCCAAGGUGGUGAAGAACGUCGUGGCCGGUGCGCAGGUCGUGCUGUCUACGUGUCACGGAGCUGGUAGUCGACAGAUCAACAAUAUGGACUUUGAUGUCUGCAUCAUCGAUGAGGCUACGCAAGCGGUCGAGGCGGUUUGCUGGAUUCCGAUAUUAAAGUCGAAAAAGCUCAUCCUCGCCGGUGACCCGUUACAACUACCGCCCACGAUUCUCAGCGCAAAUAACAAGUCGACCCAGACCAAGGUCAAAUUGAAGCCUAUCCCGCUGCCAGACCAGUCAGAGCUACGCCCUCCUCGGACCCUGGAGACGACGCUUUUCGACCGGCUGGAACGGAUCUACGGUCCGGGAAUCAAGCGGCUGCUGGCGGUUCAGUACCGUAUGAACGAGACGAUAUCCGCCUUUCCUUCAGACGCCUUGUACAAUUCCCAGUUGGUCAACCAUGAGUCGGUCGCGAAGAGACGACUGAUCGACCUGCCAAGUAUAACGGACCCGACGAGCGAAGACGCACAGGAUACUCUCACCCCUACGCUCGUAUUCUUCGAUACGGCCGGUUCGGAAAUGUACGAACGGCUCGAGGGUGACGGUGAGGACGGGUCCGUCCAAAAGGGAAAGGUUGGCGAAGGGUCAAGAUACAAUGAGAACGAGGCCGAAAUCGUCUCCAGAUGGGUCCGCAAGCUAAUCGCGCUUGGUGUACCGGAACCUGAGAUCGCCAUCAUCACGCCGUACCAAGCGCAAGUCGCUCACAUCGCCUCGAUGUUGAGGGAAGAGUUCCCUGAUCUGGUCUGUGGGUCAGUCGAUGGGAUGCAGGGGCAGGAGAGAGAGGCGGUCGUCCUGAGCUUGGUACGAAGUAAUGCCACGAGAGAAGUCGGGUUCUUGGCCGAAGAGCGACGGCUCAACGUAGCCAUGACCAGGGCCAAGCGCCAACUGUGCGUCGUGGGCGACUCGUCGACCGUCAGUCAAGGGUCCAAGUACCUCACAGCUUGGAUGGAUCAUCUAGAGGAGCACGCCGAUGUUCGAUUCGCGCUGGACGAAAUGUAGAUGCAAUCUUCGUAUGAUCACGUCGGCCGCGAUCGAAAUGCCGAGCGCAAGGCUUCAGCAAACACGAGAGUAUCUGAUUCCCAACGCUUUCCUGGCGGCGCUCUUUGGUUGUCCAGCACGUCCUCGACGUACUCGAUUAGCAUAGAUCGUAUCAUCCACAAUUCUUGCAGCUGAUUUCCCUUCUUGCAAGACCCAAGCGGGGCGAGACUUUUGAAGCAAGGUACAGGGUGGGUGGAGGUGGAGGUACACUGUAGAGGUGGAGGUGGAGGUGGGCAAGGUGAAACGCGGAAACGUAGCCGUCUUGGUGCGAGAAUGACGGAUUGACGACCGACUGCGCCGCACCAGAUCAUAGAUCGCAGAGUAUGUGGUUGAUUAUCGUUGGGCAGAGACCGGUAUGGAGAUAUAGAGCGAUGAUCAUGGAUUCACGAUUCGAUUCGGUUGGU